AUGCUUGCAAAGGCUGCCCUGUUUAAGCAGCGCAUUGAAAGGGUAGAGGCUGCUGAAUUGCCAACAAGAACAGACCUUAGACUUCGAGACAAGGGUUUGGACAAUUUUGCACUUCGCUGCUUUAAUACCCUCUCACACGAUCGGGAGAUAAGCGGCGUCCAGGUGGCAAGCACCUUGCUCAACUUACUAACCCACUACAAGAUCAACUAUAACUUCGUCCGCAUCAAUCUGUGGUGGCUAAGGCGAUACAUCCGUGAUCUCAUUCAACCUCUCAACAUUGACGUCGGCGAAUCCUCUGACCCCAUGGCCGAAGAACCUUGCACCUAUGAAGCUGGCGGAACAGCCCCUGUCAGCAUGUUUGACAACUAUAGAUGGCGUGAGCCGCAGCUUGAGCGCCUCGCGCUCUUCGAAUAUUGUAUGCUCGUACGAAUCAAGACUGCACGAGAUGCGACUACAAACGACGUCGACUUUGACCUGUCACACCCUCAAAGAAAUACCCAUGUACAACGUCUGGCUCACACAUCAUCUCAGGUCAGCACUGUCACCUUUAACGGACAGCUCACUGAAUUCCAAGCCUCGGAAGACGCCGUUCCGGGAGGUCAUCCUCAAACUGCCGCAAAUAUGAAUGACUUAGCGGAGAUGUUACUCGGAUUAUUUGUUCCUUGGGGCCAGUUACCGGCGCUUUUUCAAGAAAAUGCCAACGCUGUACCGAUAAAGCGCGAUGCCUGCUCCCGAAUAUGGGAAGUUAUAGAGCCGACACUCACGGCCCAUGUUCGAAGAUUUGCUGCGAAUAUUGAGCUCCUGCGAAAGUCUAGGGAGGACAGUCUGGCUGAUGCGAAACUUCAGGAAGCGCCAGUUAGAGUUAAUGGCUUAAUCGACCGCGAGAUUAAUGAGCUCGAAAUAGACAAUUUUGCCUCAGAUUCUGACGACUCCCUUGCGAACCUAGAUGAAAAUGUCAACGUUGAGACUCUGAUCGCAGCCUAUCACUCCAUCGCUAAGUGUUGGGACCAUGAAACGCUCCUCGCUGGGCGACGCAUCCCUUCACUGAAACACGCACCAACUCACAAUCGGGGACAACCGCUGCAGAACCUUCUGCCUCUCAACCUUUUCGACAGCCCUGCGUAUAGCGCAUCUGGCCUUAGCUUCUUCCCGCCAUCCACAUUACAGCAAUGGGAGUCUCGACCCAAAGAACUUGCCAAGUUUGGUGAACAUGGAGACGUGUAUCAUAAUGUGGUCGGAGAGGCCUAUGACCUGGACGGCUUCAGUUUGGACAUUGGUGAUGCCAUCUUGGAGCCUAUGCUUAAUGAACCAGAAGUUAUUCCUACCCUCGCUGACUAG